AUGGAAGUGAAAGAGGAGAGUCAAGCUGAAGAGGAUGAGAAACAUCAGAUUGUAAAAAUAAACCAUAAUGUUUCACCGAAAGGAACUCUGAGAACAGAAGACAUAAAGUGUGAAACGAGUUUCAGAAAAUGUGGUCGCCCUGCAGAUCACAAGAGGACUCACAUUGAGGACAAACCUUUCACAUGUCAACAGUGUGGAAAAAGUUUCAGAAGAAAAGUUAACCUUAACAUACAUGUGAGGAUUCACACUGGAGAGAAACCUUUCACAUGUCAACAGUGUGGAAACAGUUUCACAGUUAAAUCUAGCCUUAAGGAUCACAUGAUGAUUCACACUGGAGAGAAACCUUACACAUGUCAACAGUGUGGAAACAGGUUCACGGUUAAAUCUAGUCUUAAGAAACACAUGAGAAUUCACAGUGGAGAGAAACCAUACACGUGUCAACAGUGUGGAAAGAGUUUUACAUCUUCAAGUGACCUUACGAGACAUGUGAAAAUUCACAGUGUAGUGAAACCACAUGCGUGCCAUGAGUGUGGAAAGACUUUUACAUUUGCAUGUAACCUUAAGAAACACAUGAUAACUCACACUGGAGAGAAACCGUUCACAUGUCUUCAGUGUGGAAAGAGUUUCACAACAAAUGGUUACCUUGAGAUUCACAUGAGACUUCACACUGGAGAGAAACCGUUUGCAUGUCCUCAUUGUGGAAAGAGUUUUAUGCGGAAAUCAAGUCUUUGUAAUCACCAGCGCUUACAUUCUGAAGAAAAGACAUUCAACUCUUCUGUGCAGUUAUGAGUUUAUUAUGACAUUGAAUCAGAAGAUACACACGACUGGUCAUGAGUUGAUAUGUAAAGUUUUACCGUGAGUUCACACCAGCCGCGUUUGAGGCGUCUAGUUUGCCGUUUGAACAUUGAGUUUACACUCAUCAUUUGCGCCUGAAAGCCGCGCAUGAAAUUCUAGGCAUCGAGACUUUCACGUGGAAAUUCGCUUCAUGGGAGGGGCUUUUCUGACUCCGCUCGCUUUUUGUAAUCGCGGCCCUACUAGAGCUAGCUCUUGAUUGGUUAAUGCAGCGCAUUUUUCGCCAAAGUUCAAAUUUUUUACUAGAUGCGCGAAUGUGGCGGAAUCGCGUCUAGCGCGCCGCAAUAACAUCCUCAUUCCUCAUUCGUGCCGCGAGACUUAACAUUGAAAUCACUCGCGCUUGACGCCUCUACCACGGCUGGUCUGAAUGCAGCAUUAAGCUAGGGCCUACCAAAAGAUUCAGAUCAGAGACCACAAACAUGAUGAGAAAAAAUACACUAUAUUGCCAAAAGUUUUGGGACACCUGCCUUUAUAUGCACAUGAACCUGAAUGACAUCCAACUCUUAAUCCAUAUGGUUUAAUAUUGAGUUGGUCCACCCAUUGCAGCUAUAACAGCUUCAACUCUUCUUGGAAGACUUUCUACAAGGUUUAGGAGUGCGUUUAUGGGAAUUUUUGACCUCUCUCUAAAAGCACAUUUGUAAGACACUGAUUUUGGACAAGAAGGUCUAGCUCGUAGUCUCCGCUCUAAUUCAUCCCAAAGAUGUUCUACUGGGUUGAGGUCAGGACUCUGGUGUGGAGGAACUUGACUAGCCUGCACAAACUCGCUCAUUCAUGUCUUUAUUGACCUUGCUUUGUGCACUGGUGCACAGUCAUGUUGGAACAGAAAGGGGCUUUCCCCAAAAUGUUCCCCCAAAGUUGGGAGCAUGAGAUUGUCCAAAUGUUUUUGUAUGAUGAAGCAUUAAGAGUUCCUUUCACUGGAAGUGAUUGGAACACCUGAAUUUAAUGAUUUGGAGGGGUGUCCCAAAACUUUUGGCAAUAUAGUGUAUAUGAUUUAGCAGUUUUGUUCCUAUAGUAACUUGUGGAUUGCCAGUAUGUGGUCAUCACUACACAUCUUUGUUGUUUGUGAGUCUUGACAGAGAACAUAGAAGACUUGCGAUGUCUCUCGUGGUCAAACGUGACUUCACAGUAAACAAACAUGAUGGAAAACAGUCAUAAAGAAAUGUCAUUAAUACUGUGGACUGCACCUCACUUUGGACUGUUCCUGCUGCGCCAUAACUGCGGUUGUUGUUUCGUCUUUCAUCAGCUCGCUUUCUGAUUGAUUAUCAUUUUGUUUCACGUGACUACAGCGUAAGUGUUCGCUUGUCCUCGAGGUUUCCCCUGCAGGUUUCUGAUUUUAAAUAUUUAACAUGUUGAAUAUUUCUGAAAAAUUCACACUCAAAAGAGAUGCUAUGUGAAAACAGUUCUGAUGUGUCAAGCACUGUUUGCUACUGUGCUUCUGUUUCAUGGUCUUUUGGGGGUUUAUAUGAUAAUCAAAUAGUUAAAAACAUAUGCAGUGUUAUUUUUUUAUUCUUAUAUUUCAUGACCGUUUCUAUUUACAGCAGAUCAUUUUACAAAUGUUUUUUCUUGAUUAUCAAUUACAUGUGAUGAUGACCCCAGUAAUAAAAGUUAUAACUGUAUGACCACUAAAAUGAUUGUCACAUGCUUUGAAUCUGUUCGGCACACAGAACACUGUUAUCUUAGCAUUAAUAGUUGUGUUUAAAACAUAGCAGUGUACUAAUAAAAGUGAAUAAAGUGAUAAA